AUGAUUCCAUCCUUAACAAAGUUGAAUCAUGUUACAUCAGAAUGGUCAGAUUCUGAAUUAAGUUUAUUACUGAGUGCGUUAAAAAGAGAUCGUUCAUUUUCAACACGUGAAUUGGCUGAAUUCAUACAAACAAAAAAGAAAACAGAGAUUAGAGAACUUAUAGCUUGCCUCAUGGAUGUGGAUGAGAAGAAUUUACAGGAUCCACAAAUUACUGUACCGGAAGUUAAACCUGAAGGAUCAAUUGAUAUUUUAUUACAAAUAACUAGACACAGUUGUACUGAAUACUAUAAUUAUAGUAUGGCAUUGAAUGAAGUUCUCCAGCGAGCUUCUACGUGGGAAAGUGUAGAAUGUCGUAAAAUCAAUAAAAGAGAUCCAGACCCUAUAUAUUUACCUUAUGCACAGGUUUAUCGGUUUUUUUCUUCAUUGGUUUGUGGACAACCAUUACCAAAUCUAUCUGACUUGUCGUCUGGCGCCUUUCUAGAUCUUUUAACAUGUUUAGACAGAAUUUUAAACUUUGUCAAUAUUAGCAAGAAAAGUGAAAAUUCUAAUCAGAAUUCCCAUUUAUUAAUUGAACAACUUCAAAAUGCGAAUAAAAUCGCUACUGAAAAAGUAGGUGUAUUUUUAGCAUUGGCCGCUGCUAUUCAAUUGAAUUCACGUUUAUGUUCACGACGUGGAUGUGAUAUUACAGAAAACUUUGAUGAACACUGUAUUGCUCCACUGUUUUUAUUAUCUAAAGUGAAGCAUCCUAAUACACUGAAACAAACUCGUGAAAUGGUCGAAUAUCUAAUUAAUCGAUUUGCGAAAUUAUGGUCAUUGCCGAAAUUCCCAUGUUCACAAAAUGGUUCAUUUGCUUCUGAAGGAGAAUUAAAUAUUCAGUCGACUGAUUUACCAGAUGCCUUAUUCAAACGUCUUAGUAUGUUUUCACUGAAUCCAUUUUCAUUCCCAAUGGAAGUGAUGUCUCCUUUUCAAAAAAUGUUAGAUGAUUUUCGACAUAUGUGUUCAAGCAGGUUCAGUUAUUUAAAUCGCUUCAAAUCAAUUUUAUACAUUUCUUUACCGAUCGGACUUCAACAUUCUGUCAAACGAUCCACACCAUCACAACCUAUAAAAGUUGUUAACCAAUGUAAAAAGCGUCGAAUUGAAAAGUCGACCAAAAGUCGACCAACAUUACGUCAUAAAGCGUUGGAGAGUUCUGUACCUUUGAAUAAUUUGACAACAUUGAGUUUUGAUGAAAAUACAAAUCAAGUUGGCAGCAAUGCAUGUAGCGAUGAGAAAACUGAUUUGAAAGUUAACCUAACAUCACGUCGCUUUGUAAACUGGUGUCCAGGAACACAUUUCAUUCGUGUUUCAGAUCCAGCAGAAGAUGAAGCUGUCAAGAUGCUUAUGAAUACGCAUAUUCAAGUGAAAACAAAAAGCACGAGAAAAUUGAUAUAA